AUGGUGACGGCUACGAUGCUGUAUACCGUAGCCCUCUGGGGGUUCCUCCCGAUCCUUACCUCGGCAUUGGUCAACGAUUGGUCGAUAGCCUGUACCAGUGGAUAUUGCUUUUAUGAUAUCGACGGCCCCGUCACAGGCACAUUGUACAUAGCCGGUGACUCAAAUGCUAUCUCGGACAUCACCACUGCUGCCGGGUGGACGAUCCUCGACUGUGAUCCGUCGAGCACAAACCAGACGAUCCGGGCGGUCUGUAGUACACCCUCCGCGGGGUGCGACCACCUGUUCCAAGGCGGCGCAGUCGGGACUAUUGUGCGCCUGCCUGAAAAUGAUCAUGAAGACCAGACAAUCUCCUCGACUGUACGCAGGAUGUUCCCCAGGGACGAUGUGCCGACAGUCCUGGCCUUGACUGUGGAUACGGACUUCAGCGCUGUGAAUCCGCAGGAGAAGGGAAGCGUUGCCAUGAGCAUACACGCAUCGUACGCCGGGGGGACGGCUACAGGCGUGCGUGUGGGGGGCAUCGAAAAGCGCGUAGAGAUCGGGACGAGCGCCCCAGCUUUGACAAUAGAUGCACACGGCAACCUAUUCAACGAGACCCUGACGUGCAUCUCAACUACUGUGAAAGACACAUCCAUUACUUGCGGCAUCUCGCUCGGCGUCGACGUGCAAGCAACUCUCACAGUACUAUACGGCAUCGAAUUGAAUGGCACACUCAUUCCACCGAAUACGACAGACUUUUCGAUGUAUGCAGGUCUUGACGGAGAUCUGGAUGGAACGAUACUCGUGAAUAGUUCAGCUGAGGCGGCUUUCUCAACUGGCUUGAUCACUUUGUACCAGGACACCCUGCCUAUCUUUACUAUCCCUGACAUUCUCACUUUUGGUCCCUCUAUCCAAAUUGAUGCGGAAGGGACCGCCGAUCUUGAUGUCCAGUUUAAUGCGGCCGUAGAAUCGCGCUACACCAUCGACAAUGCUACGUUCGUCUUCAAUGGGCCUCCUAAUUCCACCUCCGGUGGGAGCUUCGGAAGCUCCGCACCCACUGUAAAUAUCACCGCCGUGGAUGCCUCUGCUAGUGCCUCCGUUACGGUGAAGCUGGUGCCGACUCUCCUGUUCGGGCUCACUGCACUAGCCGACAACAUCGUCGGCACGAUCAACUUUGAACUGGAGACGUUUACGACCCUCGAUCUGACGUUGGGCACCGAGUCUAUCUCCGGCUGUGGCAAUUCAGCCAACAAGACGUCAAAGGGCUGCGUCAGUGUACAUAGCGGAGUCGACGUCUCCGCAGAUGUGGACGGGCAGUUUUUUGAUCUCUUCCAGGAACAACAUGAUUAUCCGCUUUACAGCAAGAAUUUCACUGUUUUCCAGCCUCUCUUGGCAAUACAUCAUUUGAUUGAAUUGCGAAUGGCGAGUGGCGAUGUCGAACUCUGCUCGGUCACUGCCGGGCAUCGCAAUCGAUUAUGCAUAUAUCCAGGCUGGAGGAUGACGAUGACUGGCGGUUUUCCAUACAAACGGACUGUCUCCGCGGUCCUCGACGAGAACGGACCUUCGAGGAAUCUUAUUGAUGCACCGGCUACAAAAUGA